UCUGAGCUGGCGGAGUGGGUCGACAAAUAAGGUAAACUCCAGCCCUCACGUGUCAAGAGCAGCCUAAAAUUAACCCAGCGAACAGCUGAGCGUUCGAGUGUGUGUGUGUGUGUGUGUGUGUGUGUGUUCAUACACUGGCGUCCACACACACACACACGCAGGCAGGCGCGCGCGGAUCGAGCGUCUUUGUCUGUGUGACAAUAACAGGAUGACACGAUUCUCUUACGCCGAAUAUAUCGCAUUAUUUCGAUCGAGCGACACGAAACGAAGCUCGUCGCCGCAGAAAACAUCGUUAUUAUCUGGAGGAGCUGCGAACCAGGACGAGACAGACCCGUCACGAGUCAGCUGUCCUGUGAGAAGAGCACAUGUGUGGAGCGUGAGUGAAGACGGCUGGACGGAUCUACAUGAAGCGGCUCACCGCGGUCAGGCGCUCGCUGUGAGGACUCUGCUGACAGAUCCUGGAGUGUGUGUAGACAAACGCACGCUUCAGGAGCAGACGCCGCUGCUGCUCGCCCUUCACGGCCCACACCUGGAGUGUGUGAGGAGUCUUCUGGAAGCAGGAGCCGACCCUGACAUCAGCAACAAAAACAAAGAGACACCUCUUUAUAAAGCGUGUGAACGGGAGAGCGUCGGAGCGGUGAAGCUGCUGCUGGCGUUCGGGGCGGCGGUCAAUCAGCGCUGUUAUCGCGGCCGGACGGCGCUGCAUGAGGCGGCGAGGCGAGGGAACUCUGCGCUCUGUGAGACGCUCCUGGAGGCUCGAGCCGCUGUAGACGCCCGCGACGCCGACGACAUCACAGCCGCCGUAGAAGCAGCUCGACACGGACACACUGCGGCGCUGGAGUACCUCAUCCACAACGGUGCUGGUGUGAACGCUCAGACGUGUGACGGGAACACGGCUUUAACUGAGGCCUGCAGACACGGUCACACAGAAACAGUGAAGCUUCUGCUCAAACAUCACGCAGACGCCAACAAAGCCACCAACGCCGGGCUCCUGCCUCUGCACAUCGCCAGCCAGCACGGACACGGCGAGAUAGUGUCGUCUCUGCUCGCGGUCAGCAGCCGGGUGAGGGUCCGGCGGAGUGGGAUCUCUCCUCUUCAUCUGGCGGCGGAGCACGACCGGCGGGCCGUUCUGAGUCUGCUGAUCGAGUGUGGAUUCGAUGUCAACAGCAAGCUGUCUCCGGAGCGCUCCGCUGGGUUCCAGGACCGCCGGGUCUCGGCUCUGUACUGCGCCGUCGCUGCCAGGAACACGAGGGCCGCCGCCGCUCUGCUGAGGGCCGGGGCCGACCCCAACACUGACCCCAGCAGUCCGCUGCUGCUGGCGGCGCGUCACGGCUGUCUGGAGACCGUGGCCCUGCUGCUGAAGCACGGGGCCCGUGCAGAGGGCCUCCCAGCGCUGCUGCGGCACACUCAUCAGCUGGACCUGCUGCAAUGCCUGCUGGACCACGGCUGCGAUGCCCGGGCCUGCUUCAGCUGCCACACACACCUCAGAGACCCCAGUGAUGGAGAGGUAGAGUUUUGUGACUGGAUCUCGUCGUCUACGUGGAGGCACUCGGCUGGACGGCUCGUUGAUUUGCUGCUGGACUAUGUGGGAAACGUUCGGCUCUGCAGCAGGAUCAGAGAUCUCCUUCUGGACCAGCCCGAGUGGACGAGCAUUAAACAGAAAACAUCGUCUCCACGAUCUCUAUCACAUCUCUGUCGGCUGAAGAUCCGAGAGCAGCUGGGGCCGGAGAGACUGAGGUGUGUGGGGUCCCUGCCGCUGCCGGGCCCCAUGCUGCAGUACCUGAGCUCCAGGGGCCUUUAGCUCAACACUAACCUGCAGGACACUCGCUCAGACACUCCUGUCUGCCUUGGACUGUGUUUUAUGUAUUUAUAACUUUUUAAUUUAUCUUGAUGUUUUUUAAAGUAUUAAACUCCCAGUGUUUAUAUAAUUCUUAAAUCAAGAACCCUUGUAACACUUUCUAGAAUUAUAUAAACACUGGCUCGACGUGGACUUCUGUUUGUUCUUGACACAAUGUAGAUUUUUUUGUAGACUGAUAAUCUUGAUGUUUACAGAAUGAACGUUGUCUCCUCCUCUGAGUGUCUGAGCUCCUGAAGAGCUGUCAUUCCUUUAAUUAGCAGACCGUGUAAACCUGUCAAUUAUUACCAGAUUUAAUCAGCUAAUUUAGCACAAGAUCUGGAUCACGUAACAACAGUAUAAUCAUGCUGUUUGAUGUUUGAGCUGGAAGAGACAAGCGAUGUGUUUCUUGACACCGUCUGCUGUCCAGAGAAGAGUUUGUAGAAACCACAGAAAUGCUGUGCUCACACAAAAACACAACACCGUCUCCUGCGGAUGAUCUUUUAAUAUCUUCAGUCCAUAAAAAUCUCUACACGUGUUUCAUUCUUGCUACAUCUGUACUUUAAGUGCUUGAAGUCGAUCGAUCAUGAAAGCUGAUCAGGUUGGAGUCAGUAACAGGUUAAACCAGUGCUGCAGAGGAGUUACAGGAAACAGUUCAUGUAGCUGUGAUCAGUGAGCGUCGCUGGAAAGAAAUGUCAAGUUACUUGGAAAUGUUAUCAAUUACAAAGGGAGUUAUAUCUUUAAUGAAUUGCACUGACUGAUCUAAAACAUGAGACAGCCAUGUUCCAGGAGUUUAGAACACGCCGGUUCCAGAUUCAUUUCCUGUUUUUAGCAUGUGUUUCCUGUCUUGAUAACUAUUUUAACUAUUUCUUGUUAUGUUUUAGAUCUGUAUUUAUGCUCAAAGUAAAAAGAGGUGCUAAAGUCUGA